CUAUGUCAAAACCAUAAACUCAUGCUCGAGCGAUCACAAAAGAAAACACUUUGGAAAUUUCAUCAUCGGUUUCACGGUUUUAAGGAACUAUUGUAAAUAAAGUGACGUUUUAUGUUGUAGCACUUGUACCGUGUGUCUUAUCUAUACUGGAGUAUUUUACUAUUUUAUCUUGUGUUUCUAGCGGUAUAUAAAUUGUAGAUUUGUGUAUCAAUGAAAAUGUAAAAUGAGCGAGGCUAAUAUUAGACCUGGAGAUAAAGUAAUCCUUGUAACACAAGACAUUGAUGAGCUGAAACUACUGUUAGAAAACCAUGGGGGGUGGUUCAAACAGUUACCACAGAUAGGUGACAAAGUGGGCAGAGUUUUAAGGUACCAUGAUGAAGAUCUAAAGGUUCAGUUUAAUCCUGAAGACUUUGACCUUUCUGGAGUAAGGAGACCUAAAAAAAAAGAUUAUAAUUGGGUUUUCCCAGAAUAUGCUCUCAAACGAGUGGAUAUUACAGACAGUUCAUCAGGAAAUGCAAGUGCAAGAGACACUGAAAGACAAACUACAGAAAAUUCCUCACCUACAAACACCACAACUGCUGAAACUGAGAGUAACAUCAAAUGUAAAAUUUGCUAUGAGAGGAACUUUAACAUUGUCUUCUCACCAUGUGGGCACACUUCAUGUGAAACAUGUUUUCAAAAGUUAAAAGAAGGUUGUCACAUUUGCAGAGAAAAAAUAACAAGACAUAUAAAUGUGUUCUAUUAGUUUUGUCAUUUUUAAUAGGGCUUUCAGUUAUACUGCUCAACUGCUAUUAGUUUUUAAUGUAAGUUUUUAUUAUUUAUGCGAUGUAGUCAAAGUUCAAACAUUUUUUUUUUGCUUACUUAUUUAUUUCUCAUCCAAGAGUUCAAUUGUGCUCUCAUAUUUACAAAUCCUUGCAUUAUAUAACAUAAGAUAUGUUAUAUAUAUAUGAAAUGUUUUAUUAAAAACUUCAAUUGUAUUGUGAACUGCCCUAACCCGACUUAUUUUCAUUACAUUAUUUUCGUUAAUAACUUUUACCAUAAACAAAAUAUUUUAUUGUUGCUUUUGAUGGUGGUAAAAUGUAAUCUGUACAAUAUAAAAAUAAAAUGAUAUCAUCCGAUUUG